AAAACAUUUCUGAUUUUCACAAUUUCAGGUCCAGGAAACACGUUUAUGAAAGUGAACCAAUUGCUCUUUUACAAUUUUCACAACAAUAUUUCGUUUAAAUUUACCCAUUUUUUUGCUUCAAUUUCCUCCUCGUAAUUCACUCAAAAACAAACACAGCUUCUGAUUCGGGAUUUUUUGAGAUCCCAAAAGAGAAAAGUCAAAAUUUCAAUCUUUGCACAAUAUUCAAAGUAAUUAUUAUUUGAUAGUAAUAAUUUUUUUCUUUGAAGCUGAAAAAAAAGAGAAACUAAAAAGAAAAAACUUUCCUAGAGAAAUUUUUUUCCAGUUUACAUCUUCCCUAGAAACAAACGGGAAGAUUUCUUCCUGCUUUUUAGGAACUGGGUAUUUCUGGGUUUUUCAUUUGCUUUGUUUCUUUUUUGAUUUUGGGCUGCGUUUGAACUCCCUUUAUACAGGUACAUUCAUUGCAGGGAAUUUCUAUUAGAACACUAGGGUAGCUGGAGUGGGUUUAAUAGCUUUACCAUCUUCUACAUACACCUAUGUUCGGAGGUCAGGUUGCUGCUCCUAUCAAUAGUCCGCAUUUAAGGAGGUCCGGUAGCAGAGCAGUGGUAUCUGAUCUAGGUGCAGAAUUGGGAAAUGGUGUGGAGAACAGUUACGUGCAUCCGUUGGAGAUAAAUGGAUCGAAGAAUGCAAGUAUACCAUUGGUUACUGCUGCAAUUGUGCCUUCGCCUACAUUAUUAUGGAGAUUCAAGGUACUAUUGUUCUUACUCUGGGGUUUCAUCUGUGGGAAGACUGGAUGGCAAUCCGUAAUGAGAAUGAGUGCAGACCUACGGGACCUAUUUCUAUAUGAGGCAUUUUUGUAUUAUAAUCCUCUUCUUCUGGUGACUACAAUGGUAUGGCUUUGGGGAAUCAAUUUAUGGGUCUUUUCUCGGUCUAAUAUCAAUUAUGCCAAAAUUUUUGAUCUCGAUCAGAACCAUCUCACUCAUAGAGAAAUAUGGAAGUGCGCUACAUGGAUGACUAUCAUUGUUCCAACCAGUAUGACAGCAUAUCUUUAUCUCUACUCUAAUGGAGAAGUAUCAUUGGCUGCCUCCCAACCAGUGCUUCUAUAUUUUGCAGUCGUGAUGCUUUUAAUAUUCCCUUUUGACAUUUUUUAUUUUUCAUCCCGAUACUACUUGCUAAGGGCUCUUUGGCGAAUAGUUCUUCCAUUACAGGCGAUAACUUUUUCCGACUUCUUCUUGGCUGAUAUUUUGACCUCCAUGGCAAAGGUGUUUUCUGAUAUAGAACGGUCCGUCUGUAGAAUGGUCCAUCGACAGGUUGCCACCAUUGCAUGGUUUGAAGCUGAUUCUGUCUGUGGCAGUCACUCUGUUGCAAUCCCUUUAGUUCUCGUUUUGCCUUAUCUUUUCCGAUUUUUCCAAUGUCUUCGACAAUACAGGGAUAUCGGUGAAAGAUCAGCACUUUUGAAUGCGUUAAAAUAUUCGACAGCAGUACCUGUGAUUUUCCUUUCUGCCCUUAAAUACCAUGUCUUACCCGAAAGCUGGACUAAUUUUUAUCGCCCACUCUGGCUUCUUUCAAGUGUUUUGAACUCAUUGUACUCUUUUUAUUGGGACGUAGCACGAGAUUGGGAUUUCAGCUUCGCUCGUAUGUUCAAGUUCAAUAAAUCACAUCUCUACUCGCACCUUUUACAUGGACGAACAUGGGUAUACUUUUGGGUGAUCGGAAGCAACUUGAUCCUACGAUGCACGUGGACAUACAAACUGUCGGCUCAUCUCCGUAAUAACUACCUUACGGUGUUCACCAUUGCUGCCUUGGAGAUAUUCCGGCGAUUCCAAUGGAUUUUCUUCCGCGUUGAAAACGAGUGGAAUAAAAUCAACUCCAGGCCAAAUAUGCAGCUCUCCAUGAAUGAUCCAAGCGAUGAUGAAGUCAAAUUACUUUCUUCUUCAGCUGGUUACAAUGUAUAAACUGUUCGAAUUAUUUUGUCGACAGAUUCAUGGAGGUUUAACUCCUUAAAUUUUUUUCUCCAAAAACAAUGGUUUAAUCAUUCAAUUCUAUAAUUCUAUAUAUUUAUAUAUAUUGAUCA